AUGUACAAGUAUUCUAGAGAAUAUCUUCUCAACAACCAUCUUUUUUACCCCGAACCACCACAAACUGCCUUUGCUCUUGACAUUGAACCCAUAAGUUAUCCUGACAAAUGCGACUUAAAACAAUUACAUAUGGUUUCUAGACACGGAUCAAGAUAUCCAGCUCCAGAUAAUAUUAGAGGUUUUGACGAAUUGGAAAAAAUAUUUGCCAAUGUUACUGUCGCAAAAGAAUGGUAUAAAAAUCCUUUCCCCAUGAAUAAAAAUUUUCAAUUGAUCAAACGAGGGGAAAUCGAACCUUAUUUUGAUGGAUUACAAUCCCGUAAAAGAUAUGCAAAGUUUUGGGAUGGAAUUGAAUAUGAUCCCGAAGUUAUAAAAUUUCAAAGUACUCAAUUUUCAAGAAACGGUGCGUCGAUAAUGUCCUUUUCUCAAGGUUUAUUUAAUGGCAAGGGGCCUUUAGACACUUGUAAAAGUCAACCUAUAUACUAUUGGACUGUACCACCGGACCAAGAUGAUACAUUACAUAUGUAUGUAGCCUGUAGACGUUGGAACGAGACCGUUUAUAAUAAUAAUAAAUUACUUGACGAACAAGCUUACGCCUAUGGUAACAAGACGUUAACACCAAUUGCCAACCGACUUUCCGAAACAUACCAUAUUAUCCCACCUCUUGAUCCACGUCUAGUACUACAUGUUUUUAACAAUUGCCAAUUUUGGCUCGCCGUUUUUAAUCGAACCGAUGCGUGGUGUUCAUUAUUAAGCCCCAAAGAACUUUUAUUAACACGAUAUUAUUACGACCUAUUAUAUUAUCAUCGAUAUUCAUAUGGUCAUCCUCUCAAUACGCGACUGGGUUGUAGAUACCUUACUCAGCUUGUAAAUGGAGUUGAAAAUUAUUUAAAUGGUAAUUCUAGUAUGAUAGCUGAUCUAAAAAAUGCUCAUAGUUUUACUAUAUUUAUGAUACUUACUACAUUGGGAGUAUUUAAAAAUAAAUUCCCACUCACAGCAGAUUUAACCUUUGAACAAAUUAAAAAUGUCAAAUAUACGGAACAUACACUUUUAAACUGGUCUUCUACGCUUUAUUUCGAAAUUUAUAAUUGUUCCGAUGAUCGCGUGUUGAUACGUGUGUUGCUCGAUUUUAAUCCGUUUGUAAUUCCGGGUUGUGAUAGUGAAUAUUGCGAAUGGAACAAAUUUAAAGAGAUUCUUGGUGAUAAGAUUGGAUGCGAUUUUAAAAAGAUGUGCGCUUAUCCUUGA